CAGCAGGAAGAAGAGGAACAAGCUGAAGAAGAAGUGGCUGACGAACCUGAGCAGGCUGCUGAGCCAGAGGAAGAACGCCCCAGGCCCAGGCCGGUGGUUCCACAGUUGGCUCCUCCCAAAAUCCCUGAGGGGGAGAGAGUAGAUUUCGAUGACAUCCACCGCAAGCGUAUGGAGAAGGACCUCUUGGAGCUGCAGACCCUCAUUGAUGUGCACUUUGAGCAGAGGAAGAAAGAAGAGGAGGAGCUCGUUGGUCUCAUGUCAAGGAUUGAACAUCGGCGGGCAGAACGCGCUGAGCAGCAGCGGGUCCGCACUGAGAAGGAACGGGAGCGGCAGAACAAACUGGCCGAAGAGAAGAUGAGGAAGGAGGAGGAGGAGGCCAAGAAACGAGCAGAAGAUGAUGCCAAGAAGAAGAAAGUGCUAUCCAAUAUGGGUGCUCAUUUUGGCGGGUACCUGGUAAAGGCAGAGCAGAAACGUGGAAAGAGGCAGACAGGCCGUGAAACGAAGAUCCGGAUCUUAUCGGAGCGAAGGAAGCCGCUCAAUGUAGAGAACUUAAGCGAACAACAGCUGAGGGACACAGCCAAAGAGUUGCAUGACUGGAUCAAUCAACUAGAAUCAGAGAAAUUUGACCUGAUGGAAAAAUACAAAUGUCAGAAGUAUGAGAUCAAUGUUCUUUACAACCGCAUCAGCCACGCCCAGAAAUUCAAGAAAGGUGCUGGAAAAGCCAGACUUGGUGGGCGCUGGAAAUAAAAAAGAAGACGCCUACCUGCCUACAAUUCAUGCAGAAAUCUGGGAGCCACAAUUGAUUGCAGCAUCCCAUUGCUUCCCCUGCCCUGUUUUAUGUUGAAAGUUGACCAGCCUGCCCUUUGUCCAUUCUUCUUCACCCCUGUCAUGUGUGCCUGUAACAAGCUCUUUGUCACAAGCCAGACCCAAUAAACCAAACUCUCCCCUCUGUGGUACCUCCCCAGUGA